AUGUCUUUUAAACAUCAACGUCGUACUAAUUCAACAACAUCUUCGAAUACAACACCCAGUCUGCCACCCAAUGAUGAAACUAUGGAUCCAUCAAAUUUAUUAUAUAACGAUAGACAAAAUUAUCAAAUUAUAUUUUCGAAUGAUUCUCGAUUUUUCGAUACUAGUCUUCAUUUAUUUAAAUCAUAUUGUGAUUUAGGCUAUAUUAAAGUAGAUAAAAAAAAAUCUAAAAAAAACCCACCAUCUUCGAGUUCAUCAAAUACUCUCAGACCGCCAUCAAGUGGACUAAGUCGUUGGCGACCCAAAACAACAGGAUUCAGUAGUGAUUUUGAUGCUCAAAGAAAUUCCAAUGGACUAUCAAAUAAAAUAUCAUUUCUAAGAAAUGGUGAUCAUUUGAGUAGUCAACGAUCUGGUCCAGGACCUUCGAAGUUAAAACCAACGAGAAUGAAACGUGAGAAUUCACCUGUGGCUGUUGCUUACCAAGAUGAGACCAUGGUAUCUGAGCAUCCUAUCACAGAUAGUGAUAGUUCAGAUGAGCCAGAUGUAAGGAUAACCAGAUUGUGA